UUUUUUUUUCUUUCUUCAUCUUUUUUAUUAUUAUUAUGGCUUUUAUUCAACAACAAAGAAGACCUACUUAUAGAACCUUGAACUUUUCUUCUUCUUCUCUUGAAGAAUGCUCCGACUACGCACAACAACAGCCAUUUACCUCUGAUUCUGAUAAUGAUUGGCACGUUAUUAGCUCAGCAUUACCUUCUUCUACAUCACCUAUCUCGACCACAAGUUCACCUUUAUUGUUAGCUUCCAACCGAAAUCAUCCAUCAGAUACAGAGUCAUUUUCUGAUCUAGACGCCAAUGCUUUUUUGCCUUCCCAUGAUGGUACUGGCACAUUUCUGAUGGAAGACUCCUCAGACCAGAAUAGUCUACCUUCCUCUGACGAAGAUUCACCCACUGAAUUUGAAAAAGCCAUUCAUGGUCUUAUGCUGGAUCAUACAGAAGAUGAAGUAGAUUCUGACCAAGAUGUAUUAGACUUAUUAGCAACGAUUGAACCACCUUCAUUUACUAAAGUUGAGCCAUCUCAUUUUAUACCAACGACAGCAGGCAUAGGCUCACAAGAUUUAGUAGUGAUGGGUGUGUCAUCAUCGUCAGCUGAGAUAGCUGAUCAUGUCGUGGCAUCGUCAGACGAAAACAAUAGUGCCACAAGUAUAAAGUUUACUAGCAAAAGACAACAAAACCUCGACAGUAUUCCUGUACAUCAUCCAGGUAUACCAGGUUCGAAUACAUCCAAUGCUAUUCUCUCUGUUGUUUGGAAUAGUCUUCGGAAGAUAACAAAUCAUUUGAUAGAGAAUGAUACCAACACAGUAGAAACAAUCAGCUCACUUAUGUCGGAAGCUGUGUUUGAAGGAUGCAUGCCUUUUGGCUCUCAUUUACAUAUGGAGAUAGACAAUAGCAUUCGGACAUCUUCCUCCUUCUUUGAACACAACAUUGCAGCUAUUUAAUGUCACUCCUUAUCUUCGAUUGUUUGUUUAUUUUCUGUAAACGUUUAAAUUGAUAGAAAUAAAUCAUAGUUACUCUAUCCGUUGUGAUUGGCCC